AUGGUAUUCACUAUGAAUGACCGGUUUACAAUGGAGGAAGAGGAUGCUAUCAGGUAUUUAAAAACCUUCUUUGGUGAUAAAAUUGUUGACUACUUGAUUGUAGUUCUUGCUGGCGGGGAUGUACUUGAAAAGAAGAAGAUAACUUUCAGUGAGUGGAUUAAAGAUUGUCCAGAGCCGCUAAAGAAAUUAAUUCUCCUAUGUAAUAGAAGAGUUGUGGUUUUUGAUAACAUCACCAUGGAUGAGGUUAAAAGAGAGAGGCAAGUAAAACGGUUGAUCUCUCUUAGCGACUUUGUUGUUGCGAACAAUCGAGGAAAACUUUACACAAGACAAAUGUUUGCACAAGCUAAGGAAGGAGCAUUGUGCCGACAACAAAAGCAAAAAGAGAGCAAAGAUAAUCCAGAAUGCUCGACGAAGCGUUUAUCUAAACAGAAGGAAGAACUUGAUAAAUCAUAUGAUGAUGAGUUCAAAGACGUAUCAGAAGUGGUUCAUUGUGAUUUGUAUGAAAAAAUAGAAAAGCUUGAGACGAAUUUGAGGCAAGAGAAAGCUUCAAGACGGAAAUUAGAAGAGGAUGGAAAAAAGUCAAUACAAGAAUUGCAAAAGGCUAUGGAAAUAUCCGAUGAGAAGAUUCGAAAGCUCAAAGCAGAGCUAGAGUCGAAAUGUGAGUGUGUGAUACUAUGA